AUGAUCAUGACAGGAGUAUAUUUAAAAGCAGAGAAUCUACCAUCCCUUGGUUUACUUUGUAGAUCACUGAAACAAUAUAGAAAUGGCUUGGCCAAUAUGAAUAUUUUGAAACAAGACUCCUUCACUGUUCCUCAGUACUACCUUCAGUUUGCAGAUAACACCGAUAUUGAGCUAAUACGCAAAAACGGUAUAGAGAUAUCCGGUAAUCUUUAUCAGGUUUCAUCGAAUCCAUGGUCAAUAACAUCUAAUCUUCCGAAUACACUAUUAGAAUUUGAAGAUUAUGCUGUAUUUAACAAUCAAGUAUCUAAACCUGAUAAUUAUAUCAAAGAUAAUGAUGAUUUUGAUGAAUAUCAAUACUCUUGGGAUGAAACUAUUGGUUCUUUACCGAUGUUACCAUUCACAGUGCAACAAAAGAUUAUAGAGUUUUGUUUCCGUUUGAAACCUGAUUGUUUAGUAAGUAGUUCAAACACGAGAGUACGUUCGUUCGGCGGUGACAGUGGAACUGUUGGAAUACUCGGUUGGUACUCACGACACAAGUUGGAUUUGGCUUUGGUGUGCUGGCGAUUUUUCAAUGUGGUUUCGCAGGUGGUAACAAGAGUUUUCAAUGUUCGCAACGCUGCACAACACCAACCGCUCAACUUUUUUACACAUAUGACUAGCAAAUACUGCGUGAUAAAGAGAGUUACUCACUGUGUAUCGACAAACCAAUCGUUUGCCUUCAAAGAGCAUUACAUCGGGUAUCAAAACAAUAGUGAACUAGCGCAACAGGUCUACGAAGACGGUGUACUGGCGUGUCUGGAACUGCCAGUGCAAGUGAGUUCACAGAAAUACACAGAGAUACUAGAGUUGGAUGAACUACUGGCUACCACCAACUACAGAGAAGAGUCAACCAGAGAUUUGAAUAUCGUCUAUCAAAGAAACUAUGACGGUGAGUUCAUCGAUAGCAAUGAACAGCUAUCAAAGAAUCUUCAAGAAGAUGGAAACUAUCAGCAUUUUACAACUAUUAUAGUAUCAUUUAGAAGAAACACCUUGACAUCAUCAUCAUCAUCAGCAACUCUAACAUUAAUAUGUAUUAGCAACUUUUACAAACAAUUGUUAGGUUCCGAUUGUAAUGAUUUUAAUUUGAUAGAAUCAUCUAUAAAUUCAUAA